AUGAGUAAUUUCUCAAUAUCAAAUGAGUCGACGUGGACAUCGGAUGAUAUUGAUAAUCUUUGGAGGAAUAUUAAUCGUGCACCAUCGGAUCCUGUCGCCCAUUGGGUGUCCAUCGCGAGUUUUCUAUUCGCUAUUCUAGGUUUAAUCAGUAAUUCACUGUCAGUUAUUGUUUUAACUCGUCUCAGUGCUCAAUUAUCGACAUUUGUAUAUUUAUCUGGAUUAUCUCUUUCGGAUAUGUUAACAUGUUUGUCCAUAGUGAUGACUUAUCUAUUAGAUUUACGUAUCAGUACUCUUCGAAGUACGACCAUGAGUAUUAUUCUUCGAUAUGUUGAGAUCGUUUUCGGCGCAGUUGCUGCUGGCAGUCGGACGUUAUCAUUAUGGAUCUCUACAGCUGUUACAAUGGACCGGUGGAUUAUGAUCUGUCAUCCGAUCUACGCGAAAACAUUCUGCACAUUAAAUCGUGCAAGAGUUAUUACACGAACAUUUUUUGUCAUCGCUCUAUUCUAUUCUAUACCAUUAUGUCUCGAAUAUGAAAUCGUACGUGUGCCGAAUCCUUUUCCGACCUUGGAUCUCGGUAAUGAAUCAUUACUUACCAUCGACGACGAUCAAAAUGUACUUAUCACGAAAGGUUAUAGCAAUUUGGCACGGUUGAGGCUUUACCGGUGGGCGUAUGUUUUCUUCAAUAUCAUUUUUGUCUAUACGUUACCAACGAUCACGAUUAUUGGCUUUAAUCUACAACUAAUUCGCGCUCUACAUCGUGUCAAAUCUCGAGCCAAGCGUUUAGGUAAAUCGAGCGGCAUAAACGGUAAAGGUCACCGCAAUCAAAGUCGUUCGAGCCAAGUGAAAUACUCAGUGACAUUGAUGGUUAUCACCAUGGUUUUAACAUUACUUUUGUGUCGAAGUCCGACGAUUGUUCUCUGGCUUCUAUGGUCGUUUGAUUUAACCAUCAAAAUCUUCUUUGACGCCUCAUCAAGUUCACUUGUUCGACGGUUUCAUAACAUCGCGAAUUUAAUCGCAAUUAUCAACGCGGCGACGAACUUCUUACCGUUUUGUGUCUUCGGACAACUAUUCCGUACGGAAUGUCUGAACAUUUACUGUUGUCGAAAGUUACAGCAGGGUUUAUUGUCGCCAUCAUUGAGAGGCAGACGAAAUAUGAACAGUCAUUGUCAUGGAAAGACAGCGAAUAUCAUCAAUCAACAGUUGAUCAGAGUUCGAAAUGAAAAUGAAGGAACCGUUGAAACGAAUUCUUGUUCUUCAUCGAAAGACACAAUCAGACUACAUGACGUUCUAUCCCCGAAUACAAGAUCCGAAGACGAACAAGCGACAAAUGUUUCAGCAACAUCACAACUACUCCAUCAAACAAAUGGCCUUUGA